GCCAUCCAAAAUACAAUUAGAUAGUAUAAAUAGUAUCAGUGGUGAAUAAUGACAAAAAAUAAUGAAUAAUGUGAAUAAUGACAAAUUUGUCAUUAUUCACCCCUAAUAGUAUGUCUAUGCUAUUAGGAGGCUAUUAUGAAUAUUUUUGUGUUCAUUAAAUAAAUUACUAGGCAUUUCACGAAAUUUUCGCUAGAGGUGGCGCUCUUGUCGCAUAAACAUGAAAGGCAACUUUCGAAAAGAGUAGUUUGUUGUGACAUUGUGUGCCUUAUCUACGUUUGCUUGCUGUCAGUUUAUAGAUCGUUUUACAAAAGAAUAUCAAACAUGAAUGUUUUUGAACAGAUUAAACUUCUUCAUGAUCAAGAGCUCCAUUCGAGUGUUAUUUCAUUGGCUAGUUUAGUGUUAUCUGUGAGUGAGCAUUCACAGGAUGUUUUGAGUACAGCUGCUAAGUAUCAAACACUUGUUUACUAUGGAGAAGCACUGUAUGAAGAAGCAGAACAUCAUAGAGCAGAGCCAACAUUCAGGAAAGCUCUACAGCUUUACAAAGUUAUUAUGAAGAGCAAGACCAAGGCACAGAAGCCUGAUGUCACAUCAGAAGUGGACGUAAAGUUCAGACUUCACCAAUGUCACGUGCACAUGAAGCAGUUCCAACAGGCAAUUGCAGUCCUUGAGAGCAUAACCGCCAAACAAAGAACUCCUAAAGUCAACAUGGCUCUUGCUAAACUCUACCGCAGAACAGGAGUGGAGAGAUCUGCUACUACUGGUUUUAAAGAAGUUUUAAGGGAGUGCCCAUUAGCGCUGGAUGCAGCCGUGGCUCUGAUGGGGCUUGGAAUCCGUGGAGUCGAGAUAGCCUCUCUGAUGACACCUGUCAUCUCACAUCUGUCGUCAAUGGAAUGGUUGCUCUCCUGGAUCAGGGCCCAUGCUCACCUGGCUAGCAAGGAAUUCACACAAGCCGCUACAGCUUUUAGCCAACUCGACUCGAAAACUCAUCUAAGGGAUAACGUGGACGUGCUGUGUUCCCUCGGCGAGGCAUACUACAUGAAUGGUAACUACAAGUCGGCGCUAACAACACUUGAGCGGGCGUACUCCCUAGACCCUCUGUUGCUGAAGAACAUGGACUUACUGGCAGCCCUCCUAGCCAGGGAGAAGAAGAUAAAGAAGCUAGAAGGCUUUGCGAAUCACAUGAUGAUGCUGACGGAGCAGGCCGUGGAGCCUUGGAUCGCCAUGGCCCACUUUUGCAUGGCAACAAAGAAGGCAACGAGAGCUGUAUACUUUGCACAGAAGGCCUACACGAUAGAUAGUCGCAGCAUGGAAGCCUUGCUACUGAAAGGUGCUGCAUUGCUGGACUUGAGGAAAGUCUCAGAAGCAAUUCUACAUUACCGUGAAGCCCUUCGAAUUAAUGCCUACAGAUACGAGGCCCACAAAGGUUUGGUCGAGUGCUACAUGGCAAGCCACCGAGGUCGGGAAGCAAUAACGACAGCUAGCGCCACCUGUAAGCAGCUUGGGCAAACUCCACGCGUUCUGACCUUGUAUGCAUCGGUCCUGGAUAAGGAUCCACUCACACGAGACAAGGCCAAGUCUUGCCUAGAAAAGGCCUUGAAGCAGGAUCCAUACUACACAGAGGCAGUGUGCCUCAUGGCCGACAUACACGCAUCGGAUCAGCAGCUAGACAAGGCGAUUUCACUGAUUAGGAUGCAGUUGGUGGUGGAGAGCUCGAGCAGUAGGCUUCACCAGAUGUUCGGAGACUUUCUCUCGAGGAACGGUGAACACCAGGAGGCUCUGGAUCAGUUUCACAUCGCGCUCAGGUUGGACCCGUCGAAUGGCAAGGCGCAGGAGGGCGUGCAGAAGGCGGAGAAGCACGGUGACAUGGGUGACUGCUCGUACGCCGAGGUCGACAUGGACGACAUGGCCGAGAGCGAGAACGAUGCGGACCUGGAAGGCAGUGACGGUGAUGCAGUAUGGUCAGACACGGACUUUGCUUGACCUCCCGUGUAAGGUCGUAGGUGCAGUAUGGUCAGUCACAGGUUUUGAUUGACCCCCCCCUCCCCUCCUGUGCAAGGUCCUAGGUGUGGUGUGGUUAGACACAGACUUUGCUUGACCUCCCAUGUAAGGUCGUAGGUGUGAUGUGGUGUGGUGAGAUGCAGACUUGAUGUGACCCCCAUAUAAGGUCGAAGGUGUGGUGUGGUCAGACACAGACUUUGAGUGAUUUCCCAUGUAAGAUUGUAGGUGUGGUGUGGUGAGAUGAAGACUUGACUUGACCCCCAAUGUAAGGUCGUAGGUGCAGUAUUGUCCGCAACAGGUUUUGAUUGACCCCCCUCCCCUUCCAUGUAAGAUCGUAGGUGUGGUGUGGUCAGCCACAGACUGCUUGACCCCCCCCCCUCGUGUAAGAUUGUAGGUUUGGUGUGGUCAGCCACAUACUUUGCUUGGCCCCUGUGUAGGGUCGUAGGUGCAGUGUGGUCACACUUUGAUUGACUGACCGUGUAAGUUCGUAGUCAGGCAGCGACGAUGAUGGCAUGACAGUCUGUUGGGGAAGCUACUUGUAGAUUGACAUGCGUCUAAACAGAGGAAUUGCUCCGACCUGUGAUUGGAGGAUAAAAAGCGACCCGCCCACUUUUCUAUUUUUGGAGGAUAAAAAUAGAAUACGUGACGUUUCGUUUCACCGGUCAUAGCCGCGCGUGCAUAUUUG